AAUUGGCUAAUAUUGAUUGAUGUGGUUCUUCCUAUAUGGCCGCCUAUAGUUGAUGCAUGUUGAUGAUCGACGCCGAUGCAAUUUUGGGAGAACAUCCAAUCGGGUGGGCAAGUGCGUCAAAUCAGAUCUUGGGGCGUAUUGAGUUGCAUUAGGUUCGGUUCGCAGAUCGAUGCCAAGUGAAGAAGCAAGGGACUUCAAGGGACACUCGCAAAAGAAGGACCUGCUGUGACAGGAGACUGAAACGAAUUGGCUUUACAGUAAUGGUCCCCAUGCCAGUUCGAUGCUUGUCUUCAAAGAAGAGGUGGACACCUCAGCAGUGAGGUACUGAGAGUGUGACUUUGAAGAGUAGCCUACAAUGGCUUCAGUAUGCUUAAGCUUAAGUGAAGACAAUUGAAGACAUUUGGAGACACUGAAGCAGAUUGCACAAGGUUGAAGAUAGCCAGCCCACACCUGCCGAUCCGAUCUCCCCUGUCAACUCUUGGAGAUCGACCGAUGACAACGGCACGAUGAAGACGGACACAGCGCCGGAGCCGUUUUUAGACUUGGACUCGUCGUGCUUCCCAAGCAGCCCGUCCUUUACGCUCGGGGAACUCUUUGGUGCCAUGGAAGAGAAGUAUGAGAUUCAGGUCAAACACACCUUCAUCCAUUUUGGUGCUCCGCAGGAGGAGUUCAAGCGGUGCAGCUCCUGGUCCAUGGGCGACCCCACUGACCUGGAGAACGCAUUCAGUUUGCCGAUAACGGGUGGUUUGCCAGGCCGCGUCGGCAGUGAUGGGACCGGAGUUUCAAUCUCAGGAGGUGAAACUUCAACCCCACGAGGGGAAACGUACAGUCUUGCCAAGCACAAUGCUGGGAGGUGCAACCCAUGCGUCUACUUUGCCAGUCGCCGUGGAUGCGCUUGGGCUCAGUGUGCCUUUUGCCACUAUGCACAUGAUGGUAAGGGCAAGCGACCUACCAAGCAGAUUCGAGAUGCUAUUAAGGACGCACUCAAGACCAUCGUCAACCAGCAAGACAUGGCAGGGGACCCGUCUUCCAAACGUUUGGCGCUUCAAGCAUUAGCCGGAAAGGACAGCUACGUGCGUGGCUUGAUCAUUGGACAUUUGGAUGCCGAGAUUGCGGCAUGAUGUUCCAAGGAGUUGCGCCCUGGGCAUCGCAAAGAACCAGUUUUUGUUGAUGCUGGCUUCAAAGCACUGGGCUAUGCCGUGAGUUCUGAAGUGCACAGCAAACGUCUACCGCUGUGCACAGCGGAGCCCGCCAAUUCACAGGCUGUUUUGCCUGACUUGCGUUCAUAGAGAACCACACUCUCUUGCUUUUGGAUGUACCUCGUUUUUUCGUCCACUUAACACGUUGCAAAAUGCACACAACUUGAGCUCUGACAUUCAGGCCUGAAUGCGUGACAAGUUUGUACUUGGUUUGGGACCAUUAAAUUAUAGGGCCUGGG